AUGUUAUUCCAUUUGAUAGUCAUACAACUUCAUACUCAAUAUAUAAGUACAAUUUGGCCAUCAUCAAACAAUUCAAAUAUUCAAUUAUUAGGUCUUUUUCCAGAUAUGGAUAAUAUAUCGAAAUCUAGUACAUUUUCUGUUCAUUCUCGAGCUAUGUUCAAAGCAGUAAUAUUACUUUCUCAUCGAUAUGACAUAAGAAUUAGAGGAGAACUUAUUCAAUGGCAAACAAUACAAACUGCUGGUGAUAUUAUAAGUGCUCUAGAUAGUAUGUGUCAAGCAAUCUCAUCUUCAAUUAUUGUUGGUUCUGGAUUUUCACGAGACUGUUCUACAGUUGCUGCAUUUGCCGAAAGAGUUGGUAUUCCCAUUGCAGAGUAUGCAACUAACAACAUUUAUAGUAAUUUAACAUUAGUUGAUACAGAUUUUGAUAAGAGUUCAUAUGGUAUUGUCAUGCCUAAGCAAGCGUCGUAUAUUCAAGAUGUAGACGUAUGUAUAUUAUCAUUACAAGAAUUAGGUGUACUCAAACAAUUGAGAAUAAAAUGGUUUCAAUGA